GCGUCGUGCUAUUGCCAUCCUCCCCAAAAUACCAUGCAUAUUACUCGGGCUGCAUGCCUCUUAGUGUGCGCCGCUGUGGCGUAUGCUAAGACUGUUAGCUACGACUUUACUAUCGGCUAUGUGACGGCCGCCCCUGAUGGCUUCUCUCGGCAAGUCAUAGGGAUUAAUGGUAAAUGGCCCAUCCCCACUAUUGAGUGUGAUGUGGGCGACACCUUGGUCAUCACUGUGCACAAUGGACUUCCAGAUCAAACUACAUCUCUUCAUUUCCACGGCAUCUGGCAGACUGGCACACAAGUCUCCGACGGACCUAGUGGCAUUACACAAUGUCCUAUCCGGCCUGGGCAAUCGUAUACCUACACAUUCGUCGCGAAUCCUGCUGGCACUCACUGGUACCAUGCACAUGAAAAGGGCCAAUAUCCAGAUGGUCUCCGAGGUAAAAUGAUUGUGCACGACAGGGCCUGGGAGAAGACGUUGGGAAUCGAUAAGCAGAUCUUCUUGUCAAUGUCUGAUUGGUUCCAUCGCUCUAUGCCAGAGUUGAUUGAUGAAUACAUGAGUCCGGAUAAUACCGACGCAAGAUUUGACUCGCCCAACGCUUUCCUCUUCAAUGACUCUAACAAGCCUUUUGACCUCAAACUGGCCAAGGGUAAAAAGUACUUGCUCCGCAUCGUCAACACUGCGGCAGUUGCGUGUGGCCAAUUCCACAUGGACAACUACACGCUUUCUGUCGUCGAGGUUGAUGGUGUUCAGGUACAGCCCCAGGAAACUGAUCGAAUUUUGAUUUGUGCUGGCCAGAGUUACGGUGUAGUGGUCAAGGGCCAAGAAGAUCCAAAAGGCGCGUCCAACUGGCAUGCGUCCAUGGACACAGACAUGCUUCCUGGCCCUGCUCCUCCAAAGGACGAUAUUUCCGUGAUUGGAAGAAUCGUCUAUGACGUGAUGCAAGAGGUUGAAGCGAUUGAAAGGGAACUACCCAACAUUGCUCGCGCCGAAACCCGCGUACUCGAUGACUUCCAUGUGAAGCCACUAGACGGUCAGAAGCUGCUGGGACCCGUGAACAACCGAAUCGAUUUCACAACCAAUCAGACUUACUUUGAGGGAAUCGGGACGCGGACGCCUCUCAAUGCUGAUCCUUGGGUUGCUCCCAAGGUUCCUACACUUUACACUGCCUUGACGACUGGCAGCAUGGACCCGGCAACAUACGGCCCUGGGGUCAAUCCCUGGAUCAUCCAAUCCGGAGAAAUCGUCCAGAUCCACAUGAACAAUCCCCACGGACGACCACACCCCAUGCACCUCCACGGCCACGUCUUCCAAGUUGUUGCCAAAGGUGCUGGUACUUGGGACGGUCAAGAAGGCGGCUUCCCCGAAGUGCCCUCGAAGCGCGACGGACUCGUCGUCCCAGCAAAUGGACACGCCGUUAUCCGCUUCAAAGCCGACAACCCCGGUGUAUGGUUCUUCCACUGCCACGUCGAUUUCCACGCUGUCGGCGGCAUGGCUGCCACCAUCAUCGAGUCGCCAAAUCUCCUCCAAGGCUCUGUUCCUGAGGCUGGCAAGGCGCUCUGUGACGCUGGUGGCAUGCCCUCGAGCGGCAACUGUGCGGGCGAGUCAUUUAAAAUCACAGCAUCAGAGGCACGUGACAAGUGCAAUACCGUUCAUAACACAAAGGUCCGGGCCGCGAAGCUCUGGUAAGUCAGCGGGUAUCUGGUUAUGCCCGUCUCCUUUGCAAUUUUUUUUGCAAUUUACUUUUUGUUCAUAGAAAAAUCUGUACUUCUGAUUCUUUUAUUUUUUAUUCCCUAUUUUUUUUUCUCUUUCUCUCUCUCUUUCAUCAUCAUCGCUUCUAGCUUAAGAAACGAAAAACGGUUAUUAAUAAUAGAAAUCUUAAACC